CCCUGGGUCGACUGCCCCUGUCUGGUGCCAUACGGUUUACACAGAUUUCCUGGGCGAGUACAAGACGCGGACAUUCGCCAGAAGUGGGUGAAAAAUAUCAACAGGCAGGGAUGGGUUCCUAAUAACAACAGCAGGGUCUGUGGGAUACACUUCCCUGAUGGCAGACCAACUAAAGAGCACCCAUACCCAGUAUUGCACAUGGGAUAUGAAACUCAUGCUCAAACAUCUGCAGCGCCUUCUCUUUUGAUCCUCACUUCUGCUGUGGAUCGCAAGAAAAUUACAACAAAUGAUGUGGUGGACAUUACAGCCAGUAGUGAUGAAGAUAGUGAUAUUUGUGACCUGGACAGUGUGGCCAGCAGUGUGGACAGCACAGCAGAGGAAAUGUUUAUGGAUGGUCUUGACCCUGUUCUUGAUCGACCUUCAUCUGACCUUUACCCACCAGAGGAGGACUGUGGUUCAGAUGACAGCCUACAGCAGAGAAAGAGACCCCGUCUGUCCUUCACAUCAUCUACUGCUGAUAGGGAUGGCAGGGAGAGUGAAAAUAAUGUCUCUGCUAUAUCAACAGAAAGAUGGCACAGCUCAGACGAAGCAGAUGUUAAGCCACCUCAUAUAAACUUCAAACCCGCCCAAGAACCUGGGCCUCAGAUUUUGCUGAAUAGGUGCAGCAGUCCUCUGCAGUUUUUUCUACUGUUUUUCCCAAAAACAACUUUGCAGACCAUUGUAGGGCACACAAAUGACUAUGGAGCCAAGCGCCAAAAGAGAAACGGCAAGGGCUGGGAAAAUAUUUAUCUUAACGAUUUGAAGUCGUACAUAGCCCUGGUCAUUUACAUGAGUAUGUUCAAGUGCUCUUCGCUGACUGACUAUUGGAGUGUUUCCCAGCACUUCAGUCUGUCCUUUCCUGCAAAAGUCAUGUCUUACCAGAAAUUUCUGUCAAUCUCUAAAGCUCUUCAUCUAAGCGACAGCAGGGAGGAUGAGAAGAACCGCGUUAGGAGGGGAACAUCAGCCUUUGAACGCUUGGGUAAAAUUCAACCCCUGUAUCAAGUCGUUAGGGAGGCUUGCAAGACAUUUUUUCAUCCUUUUCAGAGAAUCACCAUUGUUGAAAGAAUGGUGACAUCGCAGCCUAGAACUGGACUCAAGCGAUGCUUGAAAAAUGAAUCUCCAAACAUGGGGUACAAACUCUUUGCACUGACAGACUGCACCUCUGGCUAUACGUGGGACUUCUUUAUCUAUGAGGGGAAGUCAUGUUCUUCACAGAGCGAGGGCUUGAGUUAUGAGUCCGUUAUGGCAUUGGUGGAUGAAAAUAUGUUGGGCUCUGGGUACAAACUGUUCGUAGACAAAUUUUACACCAGCGCCACACUCUUCAGUGACCUCUUGUGUAAAAAGGUCUGGGCUUGUGGCCCUGUAUGGGCAAACAGGGCAGGUUUCCCAAAAACAACGGUGAACAGACUGUCAAGGACCGCCCCGCGCGGCACCAUGCGUUGGAUUAGAACUGAUAAGCUGCUGUUUGUUGAGUGGAAAGACUUGCAGCAAGUGCAGAUGUGCUCCACCUUCCAUAAAGCCUAUGAAGGAGAUACUAUGCAGAGGAAGGUGAAGGGUGACGCUCAACCGACCCAUGUGGAGGUCCCCGUUCCAGCUGUGGUGUUGGACUACAAGAAGACCAUGGAGGCAGUGGAUCUAUCUAAUUGCAUUACUGGACAUUACAGAGCUCUACAUAAACCGAAGAAGUGGUAUCAAUGUGUGUUUUAUCACUUUUUGGACAUCACUGUUGAGAAUGCAUUCAUCAUGCAGGAACUAAUGGCUAAGAGAAAGAACAUGAAGCCUUUGACUCGAAAGGCAUUCUUGGAGGUGCUUAUUUUAGAGCUUACAGAGAUCGGUCCUCAGGAUCCAGCACUAGUUUUCUCAGCUCGCUCUUCCUCAGUGGUUCCUGCUUUCCACAAGCCGAAGCACAUCACACCGGACAACAUUUGUGGACGGAAGUGCAGGCUUUGCAACCAGACAACUCCUGUCAUGUGUGUGACGUGUGAUGCGUUGUUGUGCUUUCAGCCUGAGAGGGACUGUUUCAAUGAUUGGCAUGAAAAACAAGGCUUUUGAUUUAUGGCUUCAGUGAAUGUUACCAUGUUACGGGUCAUGAGGGCCUAAAUGUGUUUUGUUUUGUUACAUUUUGUAAAGGAGGUGGAAAGUUUGACUUCACAUAUGACAGCUGAUGCUAAAAUAUAUCUAAUAAAACAUACUAGAAAUGGA